GGCAGGUCUCUCUUUGUUCUGAGCUGCCAGCAUAGUGCGCGGCACAACCCACCUCCUAUCUUGAGACGCAUAACAAAGCCUUAAAGCUCUCCCACUGGGCUCCUUCCUGGCUUCCCUUGACGCUCUUUGAAGGGGCCUUGGUCAGUUGAGUAGACGAGGCUAUUGCAUGGGAAACACGCAUGAUGAGCGUCCUUGUGAAAACGAGGGAGUUGCGCCCGAGUUCAACUUCGACCUCCCUCAGGAUCCUGGCCUAAAAGAAAUUCCAGUCCGUUAUGUUGUCCAUCAGCUAAAUCAACUCGCUCCACUGUAUUGGAAUCGGCCUCAAGUAGCCACCUGCGCAGUUCUGAUACCUCAGCCGAUACAAGUGGAGGUUCCGCCGCCUGAAACCCGCAGGGGAAGUUACGCGGGUAUCAUACCAGACGCUCGUCGGAGGAUCAGUGCACCAACUCCUUCGAUAUUUCAGAGGACCCAGUCCCGCGUCCUUCUGUUACAUUCUGAGUUUCUUCUACCCAGUCCACGUUAUUUCGUGCACUCUUUGCUCCCACAUCUAAUCUUUCUCUCUUCAUGCCAUCCAUCACCCCCAAGUUCGAUCCUCCAUGGACGCCUUUCCGCUGGCCUGCCCGCCGUACUCCUCGCCUCAUAACGUCCCGAUUCGGCUCCCCUCGGCGCAAAUCCCUCUUCCUCAUCCUCCAUCCUUUCCCACACUGCUGCACUGGCUUUACUUUGGCGAUCGCUCUAAGUUAUCCGCAUAUGUCUUAGAUGGCCCUGCUCGGCCUAAAAUACACAUUGGCCGCUCUGUCCUUCCGCUUCCUACUCCACUUCCAUCGGCUCACUCUCCUGGAGUGUUGAGGAACGGUGGCGUGGCCUUGUACUUAAUGCUGAAUAUCUGGGUCUCGAUGUG